AUGGAUUUCGCCGCCGGAGACGGAUGGAUUUCGCAUGAUUUUGCACAAGAAAAAAAGGUUUUUGUUCACAAAAUAUCAAUUUGCUGCAAAAUUCAAAUUUCAGAACCAAACCUUUCAAAAUCUGGGCGAUCGUCUUCCAAUUCCAGUGGCUCUUUCGUCGUUGACACAAUAUUUGUCCAAUUCGGACGAUGACGCGUACAAAAUUGGCGAUUAUCACUUCAGAACGGUUUGUUGAUCAUCUUCGGUCAAAAAUGCCCAAAAGUUUAAAUUUCAGAUCCAAACGGUCGGAGUAAUUCUGGAAAUGACAAAAGAAGACGGAAAAGUCAAAUAUUUGCUGCACGACCCGGAAAAUACGGAAAAAACGUUCAGUGUCACUCAAUUUGGCAGUAUUGAUGUAGAAAUACAUUGUCUGAAAUUGGAAAGCGAAAAAAAAACACUUUCAGGAAGGCGGAUCCCGUUUUGUUCAGCCCGAUUUGAGCGAAGACGUUCGAGUGCGAGUCAUGGGAAAAUUGAAGAAUUUGGCUGGAGAAAAGAGUGAUUCUUUCAAAUUUUCUAAAACUUUCUUACCUUUUCCUCGAUUUUGCUUUACAUUUUUGUACGAUUUUCAGAGAAAAAGCGUUUCUUUCAGCAAUUCUGGCGUUCUACCUCCAAAAACUGAUAGACGACAAGGAAUACGAGAUUUUCAAGCUCGAAUCUCAAGUGGCUCAAUUGUUUUUCAAAAAAGUGCGUGUUUUCUAGUUUUUCUAGCCGGAAAUGUGUUGAUUUCCAGGAUUUGAGCGAUAAAAUGCGCAACGGCGACACAAUGGGCUGGCACGGAAUGUUGGCGCCGCCCAUCCGAGUCGGCAGUUAUUUGGUAAUCAAAGAAUUGCAUUUUGCACGAAAUGUUGCGCUAAAACUUGUUUUUCACAGAAUACUAGGUAAUUUGUUCAUUUUUCAGAGCCCAGUCACUCCAAAGUCGAUCAGAAGCGCACAAGAACCAUCGCCGUCUUCUUCAGCUCCGGCGACCUCACCACAUACCCCAAAUGCGAUUAAAUCAAAGGUAAAAUUCCAAAAUUUCUUUUCAAAAAAUUCAAAAAUCCCCAGAUUCGCGCCGUCGUCCGCUCGGAAGCGAACAAAAACAAAUUGGGAACGGAAAACACGGAAAACGGCGUUCCGAUAGCUCAAAUUCUCAAAAAAAUGGAGCCAAUGUCAGAGGAGCGUCUUCGAGAAAUUCUCAGCGAGAUGGAAGAGGAGGGAAUGAUCUAUACCGCCCAACUCGACGAAUACAUGUCAAUGUUUUGA